ACAGCUACACCAGUGCGCAGUAUUGAGUUAUUCUGUAUCUAAUUGCAGUCAUUCUAUUUUAAUCCGAAGCUUGUGAGAGAAGUUUUGAAUUCUUACUUUGCAUCUUAAAAUGAAAUUCAAUGCUUUUUUGUCUACUUUGGCUCUUUUUUCGGCUAUUUUACAGAUAAAUAGUGACGAAGGAGUAGAUGAUAUCUAUGGAGAAUGCAUGGAGAAUGAAGUUUGUCACGAACCAUCUGGAAUCCCAAAAGCUUUGCAUUGCUUACAUAUGUUGGCAGAACUGGAUGUGAGCAUGGUGUUGGAAUUCAUGAAAACUUACUUCCCAGUAGAAGCAGAGAACUUCAAAAAACUAGUACCCGCUACAUGUAGUAAUAUCGAACAAGCAAGAGAGGCAGUGCAUGAGUACUAUGAGAAAAGAACUGAAAAUGAAGAUUCGGAUGAAUAUACUCCAGAGCAAAAGCAGAUGCUCGUGAACUGUAGAAAAUGUUUCAUGAACAUGAUCAGCGAAUGCAUAGUGAAGAAAGAAAUGGGUAUGCUUCGCCGAAGAUAAGAAGUCAGCUGGAUGUUGCAACAAUCGCAUACCAGUUAAGUCGCAGGAGUAAUUCUGAUGCACGUUAACUGCUGAGCGCAAUUUGCAUUUAAUAAACAGCUUUCUGAAAUAUAUGAUUGCAAUUUGUGACCUAUUACAUUAAUUUUUAAAUAUUAAUUAAUUGGAAAAGGUAACACUAAUAGUAUCUUUUAAUGCAAUAAAAUAUCAAAAGUAUCGCAA